CCUGGAAAUCAGUCAAUCAGAUAUGGGCUGGUUACAAUGAAAAGGUCGGUGUGGAAUAAUGCCCAAAACCUGCCGGGCCAAUAGGCAAAUAACUACCGAGGAUCUGUUUAAUUAGACGCAGUGGAGCUGAACAAACUGCUGUAGUUGCCAAGUUUCUACCAGUUUAGCGAGCGGAUUUGGUCAGAAAAGUCCUUCAAGUCAAGUCUGUCAGGGAAUGUCACUCCUGCCGAUUCUCCUGCCUGUUCUGUUCCUCAACCUGGCCCAACCAACCCGAGACAUCCAGAGCCUGCUCACCAAGAAAACCUCCCUUCAGUGGCUGCAGAAUGCCAGUCUCCCGUUCAACCAGUCCAACCCUUACUGCUCUGUUUGCUGCGUGGACGUGAAUCAGCGCUACAGGGGCAGAAAGUGCGGAAUCCACACGAUGUGCGCAUACGAGGCGAAAAAGGUCGGCCCAGCCUGCCAAGGGUUGAUCGUCAUGGAGUUCACGCGGGAUGAAAUCGACCGUAUAGUGGAUGCCCAUAAUACGCUCAGAAAUCGGAUGGCCAUGGGGCUGGAGCCUGAAGGGGACCCUGGGCCGCAACCGACGGCAGCCAACAUGAAGCUGAUCUCUUGGGAUCAGGAGCUGGCCAAUGUGGGCGCCCGUUGGGCCACCCAGUGUGUUUUUGCUCACGAUAAAUGUCGCGAUCUGGCACGCUUUCCAGUAGGCCAAAAUCUCGGCUGGGGAAUGUACGCCUCCAAGAGCGACUUGCAACAUGUGGCCGACUGGUACGAGUUGGUGCAGUACUCGAAUGGCGAAAUCUUGGCGAGUUACGACGUCACGACCCAAGACUUGGCUCCCUUCACUCAGCUGAUAUGGGCAGACACCUAUUUAGUGGGCUGCGCACGAGUGAGUUUCCAAAGGCAGGAAAAUGGGGAAACUGUGUACAGAGAGCACUUUUUCUGCAACUACGGGCCAUCGGGAAACAUUCCAGGCCAGGCGGUUUAUAAGGUGGGGGAACCGUGCAGCGCCUGUCCGGAGGGGACGUUCUGCACCGAUCCAGAAUAUCCAGGACUUUGUGGCAGCGCCCUUGGAGGGCCCGAUUGGAGGAACCGCACCAAGAAGCACUCGAAGCAGAUGGAAAGCAGCAACGCGCAAAGAGUUCAUUUUGGGUUCCUGUUGGCUUCUAGCAUGUACUUUGUCGCUGCUCCAUAAAUUGCCCAAUAGUUCAAAA